AUGGCUGCCGCCCUCCGUGCUGAGACUCAGAAUCCCACCACCAGGAGUCCGGACGUGUGGCCGAGCCUCCCGACCCCUCGAGCCCCUACAGGCAAGGAUCGGCCAUCCACGGUCACCACUGGCACCCAAACGGAUCCGGCCCAGCCGAGCGCGAACCAAGCGUCCCCUCCUCAUGCCCCCCUGCCGGCCCCAGAGGAGACUCGUCCUCCCGCAGUGUCCGCCGGAGUCCAGCACUCGCACGCACCGCCCACCAUGCAGCUGCGCCCACCCGGUAGGGCCAUCGAAGAGAAUCACUCACUCCCAUUACCCACCGAGGAGCCAAGCUCUCCUCCGUCAACCACCGAGGGACAGAGUCCGCCAACACCGCGCGAGGAAGGACACUUCUCCACCUCGAUCAUCAAAGAGCAGCGCACAGCGAUGCUUCCGAACGCAGCCGCGUCCCCCGCCAAACAACAGCCAUCGAACACUGAAAACGCCCGAACGGAGACGUAUAGCGAGAACGACACUGGGGACGAGUCGCUGACGCAGUUCAGCCCUGAAAGAAACAAAGCGGAGGCCCCCACUGUGCCCGUACAAGCGACCCCGUUCCCCGCCUCUCACCACACCCAGGCCCCGAAAGCGUCACAAGGCCCACUUUUUGGCUCCGAUGACGACACUUUCGACUCCGCCAACACUAGUAGUGACAACGAGGAAACCCCGAAGCUACUCGCCAUGACCCCAAUGUCACGACUACCGUCAGCCACCUCUGACAGCGAAUCUGACACUUCAACCCUUCCCGAUCCGCGACCGAACACCCGCCUCCGAGCUCGGUCAUCAAGGGAGCGGAAAAACAUGGGCAUCAGAUCUCAACCCGUGACUAAGCGGGCUUCCGUUCCAGAAGAAAGCGCGUAG